UCCUGUGUGUGAGAGCCGUUGGAACUCGGUCUGUCUGCGGAGAGGCUUCGGCAUGGACGGAAGCUUGUCUUCCACCAACUUUUCACCGGAGAUUUUAAACCGUCCGCUUUUCGUUUUAGUCCGCUUAUAUGACUUGGAAAUGGGUUUGUGAGCGGAGUAAGCCAAAGUUGAGGUAAACAGAGUUUUUAAAAGCUUUUUGUUUUCUUCUUGGUUCGAGUUGUUUUAAAGGAAAAAAGAGGUGAAAAUGCCAGUUGCAACUCUUCUGCCUUUCACCGCUCCGCCGAAUAGGAAGUCUGCCAGCCCGACUUCUUUCAGGCUGACAGAGAAAUUUAUUCUUCUCCUGGUGUUCAGCGCCUUCAUCACCCUGUGUUUCGGGGCUAUCUUCUUCCUCCCGGACUCGUCGAAGCUACUCAGCGGAGUUUUCUUCCGCUCCCCCGCGGUGGAGACCAACACCCGCACCGGUCCGGAGAGCAGCUACUCCGGCUUGGCUGGAAGCGACGUCCGGGUCCUGGCCAAGAUCAAGAAGGACCACGAAAAUGCGCUGCUGGAGGCCAAGGACACGCUCCAAAAGCGACCCGAGGAGAUACAAUGGGACAUAUCAAAAGACAAGAAACUUAUCAUUGCGGGUCAGGCUGGGAAUGAUGUGAAUAAAAUACCUCCCAUUGAAUAUCACCGUCCACCCGGAGCGACGGGACACGAACCGCUGGACCCCGAAACUAAGGAGAGACGGGCUAAAAUCAAAGAGAUGAUGAAGCACGCCUGGGACAGCUACCAGCGCUACGCCUGGGGUUCCAAUGAGCUCCGGCCGGUCUCCAAGCAGGGCCACUCCAGCAAUCUAUUUGGAAGUAUAAAAGGUGCAACAAUAGUGGACGCUCUGGAUACGCUCUACAUCAUGGAAAUGUUUGAGGAGUUUGAAACUGCCACAGAUUGGGUGGAGAAAAACCUGGACUUCAAUGUGAAUGCAGAAGUUUCUGUGUUUGAGGUGAACAUCAGGUUUGUUGGAGGUCUGCUGUCUGCCUACUACCUGUCUGGGAAAGAGGUAAGGAGAUUCAUUCACUGUUUUUCAUGCUGUUUGGGGUAA